AUGAAUGCUGUGGAAAGUCCCGAGGGGCAGGAGCUGCAAAAACUGGGGAGCGGAGCCUGGGACAACCCCGCCUACAGUGGUCCCCCCUCCCCACAUGGGACGCUGAAGAUCUGCACCAUCUCCAGUGCGGUCCCCCCUCAGCUCCAACCCAAGAAGCCUAAAGAUGGACCCCAGGAGAAAGUACACAGGACCCUGGUGUCCAGCUGCUGCCUCCAGAUCUGUCGUGGUAUCAGAGGACUUUGGGGAACAACCCUGACUGAGAACACAGCUGAGAACCGGGAACUUUAUGUCAAGACCACCCUGCGGGAGCUUUUGGUGUAUGCCGUGUUCCUGGUGGACAUUUGUCUUUUGACCUAUGGAAUGACAAGCUCCAGUGCCUAUUACUACACCAAAGUGAUGUCUGAGCUCUUCUUACAUACUCCAUCAGACACCGGAGUCUCCUUCCAGUCCAUCAGCAGCAUGGCAGACUUCUGGGAUUUUGCCCAGGGGCCACUACUGGACAGUUUGUAUUGGACCAAAUGGUACAACAACCAGAGCCUGGGUCGCGGCUCCCACUCCUUCAUCUACCAUGAGAACCUGCUACUGGGGGUUCCGAGACUGCGGCAACUGAGGGUCCGCAAUGACUCCUGCGUGGUGCAUGAGGACUUCCGCGAAGAUAUUUUGAACUGCUACGACGUCUACUCUCCGGACAAGGAAGAACAGCUCCCCUUUGGGCGCCUCAAUGGCACAGCGUGGACAUACCACUCACAGGAUGAGCUGAGGGGCUCCUCUCACUGGGGCCGGCUCACAAGCUACAGUGGAGGUGGCUACUACCUGGACCUUCCAGGAUCCCGACAGGCCAGUGCAGAGGCACUCCAGGACCUUCAGGAGGGCCUGUGGCUAGACAGGGGCACUCGGGUGGUCUUCAUUGACUUUUCAGUCUACAAUGCCAACAUCAAUCUUUUCUGUGUUUUGAGACUGGUGGUGGAGUUUCCAGCUACAGGAGGUGCCAUCCCAUCCUGGCAAAUCCGCACGGUUAAGUUGAUCCGAUACGUCAGCAACUGGGACUUCUUUAUCAUUGGCUGUGAGAUCAUCUUCUGCAUCUUCAUCUUCUACUAUGUGGUGGAGGAGAUCCUGGAGCUCUACAUCCACCGGCUUCACUACCUCAGCGGCAUCUGGAACAUUCUGGACCUCGUAGUCAUCUUGCUCUCCAUUGUGGCUGUGGGCUUCCACAUAUUCCGAACUUUAGAGGUGAAUCGGCUGAUGGGGAAGCUCCUGCAGCAACCUGACAUAUAUGCUGACUUUGAGUUCCUUGCCUUCUGGCAGACACAAUACAACAAUAUGAACGCCGUCAACCUCUUCUUUGCCUGGAUCAAGAUAUUCAAGUACAUCAGCUUCAACAAAACCAUGACCCAGCUCUCCUCCACACUGGCCCGCUGUGCCAAGGACAUCCUGGGCUUUGCCAUCAUGUUCUUCGUCAUCUUUUUUGCCUACGCUCAGCUCGGCUACCUGCUUUUCGGGACCCAAGUGGAAAACUUUAGCACUUUCAUCAAGUGCAUUUUCACUCAGUUCCGGAUCAUCCUUGGAGACUUUGACUACAAUGCUAUCGACAAUGCCAACCGCAUCCUGGGACCUACCUACUUUGUCACUUAUGUCUUCUUCGUCUUCUUCGUGCUCCUGAACAUGUUCCUGGCCAUCAUCAAUGACACAUACUCAGAGGUCAAGGAGGAGUUGGCCGGACAGAAGGAUGAGCUGCAGCUUUCCGACCUCCUGAAACAGGGCUACAAUAAGACCCUACUGAGGCUGCGUCUGAGGAAGGAGCGGGUUUCAGAUGUAAAGAAGGUCCUGCAGGGUGGGGAGCAGGAGAUCCAGCUCGAGGAUUUCACCAACACCUUGAGACAACUGGGGCAUGCAGAGCAUCUCACUGAGCUCAUGGCCACCUUCUCCAGAUUUGACCAAGAUGGGAAUCGCAUCCCAGAUGAGAAGGAGCAGGAACAAAUGCAACAGGACCUGGAAGGGGAGAGGGUGGCCCUCAACACUGACAUUGAGCACCUGGGCCGGUCCAUUGUGAGUAGCCCACCAGGCGAGUCAGGUCCAGAGGCUGCCAGAGCAGGUGGCUGUGUUUCAGGAGAAGAAUUCUAUACGCUCACAAGGAGAGUUCUGCAGCUGGAGACUAUCUUAGAAGGAGUCGUGUCCCAGGUUGAUGCUGUGGGCUCAAAGCUGAAGAUGCUGGAGAAGAAGGGGCAGCUGGCUCCUUCCCCAGGCAUGGGGGAACAAGGCAUUUGGGAGCACAUGCAGCCGGUUCCAGCUGUGACUCCAGCCCCCUGGGGAGUCCAGGGUUGGCAGGACAGUGAGUUUCCCUGUGAAAGAGAAGGGGAAGCCUUAGAGGAGAGGAGACUUUCUCCUGCCGGAAGGUUACAAUGUUGCAGAGGAGUUGGAGUGACACCCCCCCAGGGCAAAGUUCAUGAAGGCUCAGUGGAGGGGCUGCUCUGGACAUUCCACUGAACGCUGGGAACUGGGGGGCCUGAAAACCAGGAGAUGAAGAUGGAGCCUGAGGAGAAUCCA